ACGACAACAAAAUGGAGUCUGCAACCGAUGCUGUUUCCUUUUGUAGAAGUCAAUAAUUUUCUGCAACUUUGAGAUCGUCCGAUUGAUGCGACUUGUCAGGCUAACAAAAUGGUGUUUGAGUCCCUCGUAGUCGAUUUGAUCAACAAAUAUCUUGGAGAUUUUGUUGAAAAUUUGGAUAAAUCGCAACUGAAACUCGGGAUAUGGGGAGGUGAUGUUGUUCUUAAUGAAUUAGACUUAAAGGAAAGUGCAUUGGAUGACCUUGACUUACCUGUGAAGAUCAAAGCGGGUCACAUAGGUAAACUAACACUGAAAAUUCCAUGGAAGAACCUGUACACAGAACCUGUGAUUGCAACAAUAGACGGAUUGUAUGCCCUUGCAGUGCCUAAUGUUGGUAUCAAGUACAAUGCAGAGAAGGAGAAGAAAGAAGCCCAGGAGAACAAACAGAAGAAGUUACAGGCCCUGGAAGAAGUGAAGAAACUGGAGGCUGAAAAAGAUAAGCCUAAGGAAAAGAAGAAGGACUCGUUUGCUGAGAAGUUUGCCACUCAGGUGAUCAAAAACCUGCAGGUAGAAGUCAGGAACAUCCAUGUGCGCUAUGAGGACAAGUACACCAACCCACUGCAGCCAUUCUCUAUUGGUGUCACAUUGAAGGAACUCCUCUUCAGGACAACAGAUUCCAACUGGCAGCCAUGUAUAAUCAAGGAGGCAGUGUCACAGAUCCACAAACUUGUCAAGUUGGAACAGCUGGCUGUGUACUGGAACAGCCACUCUAACCUGUAUGAGGGGAAGGAAAAGGCAGAAAUACUGAAAAGUUUGAAGAGUGCAAUACAAGAAGGAAACAAGACUAAUUUCCAACAUUUGAUUCGGCCGAUCUCUUCUGUUGCUCACUUGAAGAUCACCACAAAGCCUGAAGAACACGACUUCAAGCAGCCCAAGAUCUUUCUCUCUGUGAUUUUUGAUGACAUUAGCAUAGGCCUUGCCAAAACUCAGUACAACGAUGUUCUGGAGAUGCUGGAAGGGUUUGAGCGGCUCAGCCUCAUGGGCGUCUACAAGAAAUACAAACCCAGCGUGCCUCUACGUGGUCAUAUCAGGACCUGGUGGCACUUCGCCUACACGUCCAUUCUAGAGGAGAUGGUGCGUCGUCGACGACGGAUGUGGUCAUGGCAACACAUAAAGCUGCACAGGGACAGCAAGCUGCGAUACAAGGAGGCCUAUGUGAGGAAACUGGAGGCCAAGAAAGUGCCUGCUGACCUCCAGAAAACACUGGACGAAUGUGAGGAAUUUCUGGAUGUCUUCAACCUGACGGUGCUGCGCCAGCAGGCUGAGGUUGAGGCAGAGAAACGGGGUGCACAGCGCGCAGAGGACAAGAAAAACGCAGGCUGGUUCGGUGGCUGGUUUGGAGGAGGCAAGAAAAAGGACGAAGGAAAGGCAAAAGGGGAAGUUGAAAAUAUCCAGCAGCAGUUCUAUGAGCAGUUCAACUUGGAGGAGAAGAACAAACUGUAUGAGGCCAUUGGCUACCAGGAGAACGAAGUUGACCUUACCCUGCCCAAAACGUUUGUUGCAUUACGGAUAGUCACAAAGCUCAACAACCUGUCUGUCACCCUAAGAGAUGACAGCAAAUCAGAGCUCCAGCUGUUGCAAGAUGAAAGCAAUAUGGAUUCCCAGCUGUUGAAGCUGCAGUUAAAGAAUGUCUACUCCACAGUGGAACAGCGACCAGCGGCCUCUGCCAUCAAGGUGAAUGCCAAGAUGGACAAGAUGACGGUGCUGGGUACCCAGCAAGGGGAGAUCAUCCCUCACAUGGUGUCCUCCGUGCUAGAGAAGCUUACAGAACAAGAAGAGGCAUUGUCCCUGAUAGACUUCUUGUUUGAGACCAACCCACUGGAUGGAAUGUGUGACGCAAGAGUGAGAGUCAACGCCCGCCCCCUGCAGAUCAUUUAUGAUGCGGUGACAGUAAAUCACUUAGCAAACUUCUUCCAACCUCCACAAGAUAUCCAACUGAAACAGCUGUCACAGCUGGCCAUGUCCAAGUACGAGGAUAUAAAGGAACAGUCAGCCACUAGUCUACAACACGCCAUUGACCUCAAGAAGUACACGGAGAUAGCCGUAGAUCUCAUGUCUUCCUACAUCAUUGUACCACAUGGGGGCUUGUGGACUAAACACAAGGAUGUUUCAAAGCUGAUCCUAGACCUGGGUCAUCUGAAGAUUGGGACACAGAAAAGGCUAUCGGAGGAGGGGCACAAACGUGAGUCAAUCGAGGAAGUGAUGGGGAAGGCAUAUGACACGUUCAACAUCAGCCUGGACAAUGUGCAGCUCAUGAUGAUACAUGCAGGUGAAGACUGGAAAUCCAUUCGCAGACUUUGUGACUCUCCUAUGCACAUACUAUGUCCAAUAUCCCUCAGUGUGCUCCUCCAGAAGUGCAUGUUUGACAACGACCAGAGAAUGGCCAAAAUGAAGAUCAAAGGGCUGAUACCCCUGCUUAGCCUGAACAUAUCAGACCGCAGACUACAUGAGGUUAUCUCCCUUGCUACCAGUAUCCCACUACCAGAGCUGGAGCCAGCAGCAACCAAAGGCGAUUUCGUACAGGGUGCUACAGAUAUACCCUUAGCCCUGAUGGUUGAUGACAUGGGUAUCUCUGAGAAAGUGCUGGCGGGGAAGCCUGCUGCUCCACCAACACGGAGCCAGUCACAGGAAAGUUUUAACUACACCGAUGUCGAACUGGAGUUUGAACUCAAAAAGAUUACGCUGAACAUCUCUCAGCGUCAGAAAGAUGUUGACCUGCCACUGCUGAGACUCAUGAUAAAUGACCUUGGCACCAUGGUCAAGGUCAGAACGUUUGACCUCAAAGUGGAAGCAUCCCUAGGGGGCAUUUACUUGCAGUAUCUGAAAACUGAAGCGUCUGCAGACCUGGCCACACAGCUACGUGGGGUCAGUGAGAGUCUUUGUGAAGAACUUGCUGACAAAUCUGUGAUAAACCUGGUGAACACUCCAAGAUCUGCCACAGGUCACUCCAAUCUGCUUCUGGUCAGCUUUCUCAAGGCAAAUGUGGAUGCCCCAGAUUUUGCCACAACAUACAAGAAGACAGAACAGUCCCUUAAUGUUGAGUUCUCUGCCCUUGAACUACUUCUUCACCAGGAGGCCAUCUUGGAUCUGAUAGUUUUUGCCGAGUCAUUGCGGACCCCUGAGAUUCAGGAGCUGGAGAACAAAACGUCAGGUUGGAAGUCUGCAGAAGAAGAGGAGAAAACUAAGGAGGUGGCUAAGAAAAAGACAGUGUUCAAGAAGGAUCCUGAAGUGAUCGACCUGAAGGUGAAAGCAGGCCUCAAGAUGUUCUCUGUCACAGUGUGUAGUCAGGCCAAACUGAUAUCAGAUGUCAAAAUCAGAGGCAUCGAAGCAGACGUGACAUUACAAGAGAGGCAGACACUUGUUACAGCAGUCUUGAAGGGAAUUUCUGUUCGUGAUCCUAGUCCCCUAACUCUGUACCCAAAUAUUCUGGAGAUUGAGGGGUCGGAGGUGUUGACCUUGAACCUUGCCCUCUACAACAACAACACAGAGGGAGUGAGGUACGAGGACAUGAACAAUGUGGACAUGAUGGUGAAGGUCACCAUAGGGAAGCUUAAGGUCACCUUCCUUAACAAGUUUGUCAUGGACCUUAUGGCUUUCCUGGACAAUUUCCAACAGGCCCAAGCCAAGUUGAAGGAGGCCAGUGCAGCUAUGGCUGAGAUUACUCAGGAUGCUGUGCAGAACUUCCAGGAGACUGCUUCCAGACUGUCUCUCCUGGUCGAGAUGCAUGCACCAAUCAUCUUCAUGCCCCAGACUUCAAGGUCGUACAACGUACUGCUGGUGGAUCUGGGUCACCUUCAGGUUAAAAAUAGCUUUGAGAAGCUGAGCUCAAGGUCUUCGUCAGGGAUACCAGCUGUCCUUGACAAGAUGAGUGUGACCUUGACCUCUGUGAAAUUGUCAAGAGCCAUAGUGGAUGCCAGUCAGUUUGUGAAGUCAGAGGUAGAGAUACUACAACCUGUGACAAUAUCAGUGAAUGUUUGCCGCAACCUGUCUGCAGCCUGGUACCAUGACUGCCCUGAUGUGAACAUCGAAGGGAGCCUCAACAUCAUGCAGAUGUGUAUGAGUCAAGGAGAUUUCAAAGCCAUGAUGCUGACACUGGAUGAGAACCUAACUGAAGGACAGGAUAAGUCCCCUGUCAAGUCUUCUGUAACCGUGGAAACAACGGCUCCUGGAUUAGAGGAUGUGGUUACCAAGGAAACAUCAUCCCCUGUGCAAGGUUCCCCAGACACCCCUGUUCCCACCUCUCCCAAGGAGGCCUGGUGCAAGCUGAGGUUCAACUUCAUAGUGAACAGUCUCACUGCCACACUGUACUCCGGGGAAAGCCAACUGACCAGUGGGCUGACCAAGAGGGACUACACCAAGCUGCUCGGCAGCUUUGGCCUUGACCUGAUUUCUCUGAAAGGUCAAAUGAUGUCCAACAACUCCCUAGAGGUCACGGUCAAACUGCGGGACAUGACCUUGGAUGACAAGAGGAUACAGAAACAAGGGGGCAUAACUAAAAUGAUGGAGAGAAGCAAGAAGGGAGGAGCCAGGGAUAUGAUUGAUGUGUCCUUCAAGCAGUUGGCUGAUGACAAAACAAUUGACGUUCACAUGUACAGCCUGUACCUAUGUGUGUGUCUGGACUUCAUCAUGGCGGUGGCAGACUUCUUUGUGAAGGGUCUGCCCUCUAAGGAGACUGCCUCCACACAUCCCACACACCCCACUGACGAGAAGAAAGCUAUUAAGGCUAAGCCGGAGGAAGUGCCCGCCCCUGUGGGUGAGAUGAACAUCUCUGUGGUGAUAGACAGGCCUGAGAUCAUCAUGAUAGAAGACCAGGCUCGGGAGACCACCAACGCUCUCAUGCUGGAUAUGGAGUUAAAAUUCCAAAUGCGUCAAUGCCCUGAGACUAUGGACAUGUCAGCCAGUAUCAGAAACCUGGGCAUUGUAUCCAGUAAAUACAACAGCAGGACAGAAGGAGGGGCACAGAUCCUGACACCGUGCGACAUCUCGUUCUACAGCAAGACGCCCCAUGGCCAGGGGGCCCACAUGGACGUGUCAACCUCAGACCUCAUCCUCAACAUCUCCCCGGCAACCAUCAGAACAAUGUCAGCCAUCGCUGCAGGACUGGCCCAGAAGGAUGAGACAGUUAAAGAAGAGGACAAAGUUCCCGCAGACCUCUGGCAAUACAAGCAACUCAAAGACUGUAACUUUUGGUUCUUGAAAACUGCCAAGGGGUAUGAUGUUGAUUCCAGUCAUAAUCUGCUAGCAGGAUUGUCUGGAGAGAUACUGGAAACACGUGGGGAGCAGGACUAUAAAGAGAAGAUGAUUCUCAAUGUUCCUUCCAUCGUUGUAAAGCUGGAGGGAGGUGUUGGCAACAGGACGGUACCCCUGCUCAUAACUGACAUGUCCCUGCAGGGCGAAGUGAGGGACUGGACUGGCAAGCUGUUUGUGGAGAGCAUCCUGAAGCUGGAGGUGGCCUACUACAAUGAGAGGAUCUCUGUGUGGGAACCACUGGUGGAACCAGUCCUGGACAGCGGGAAACUGAGAAAGUGGGAACUACAACUGGAGGUAGUCAAAAAUGAAGAAGAGGAGCAGGACUUCGAUGAUGAGGACACUGAGGACAUCAAGCUCCUGCCCCCCAAGAUGAGUAUCAACUUGAAGUCAGCAGACGGGCUGCAGGUCACCAUGACAAAGGCGUGUCUGGAGAGUCUCACCAAUCUGGGCAAGGCCUUUGGUGAUGCCUAUGCGCUGGUUGAGCCCACACUGAAGGCUGGAGAGGUACUGGACCCCUAUGUGAUACAGAAUGAGACAGGGGAGGACAUUGUGCUCAAACUGGACAACACUUUUGUGAUGCCGGACUCUGCCCAGAAUGCGAAAGUCAAGUUACGUAGCGGUGACCUCCUACCCUUAAAGAACAAGGAGGGACCCAAACUGCGUCGACAGGCAUCAGUGAUACGGGCCACUCAGAACUCGGAUGAGAAGAAACUCAUCUUCCAGGUGGAGAGAUUCAACAUCCCCAAGGACGUGACCAUCAAGAGGGCUGAGAGGAGGCUGUUCCACUUUGCUGAGAAGCAGGCCCCCAGCAUGUGGGCCGUUGUCGUGGAUACCAGAAUAAACCUCGGCCAGAAGACCGUCACUUUUCGGUCGGCAGUUCAGGUUCAAAACCACCUGCCGGUUCCUGUGGAUAUCUACUACAAGGAUGCGAGUAAUGGAACCAAGCUGAUAUCCCCUAUCCAGCCUGGUGCCCUCUACAGUGUACCACUGUAUGCUGUCUAUGAGUCUACGGGGCAGUUCAUGUUCAGGCCCAUGAAGGACGGGUGUGUAGAGAUGAGUGAACCAAUCAGCUGGAAAGGGGCAGAGAACCUUGGACUGAAGAUGCUGACCUGCCGUGGGGACGCAGUGCACCAGCCCUUUUAUAUCAGGGUUCGUGCAGAGAUUGAGGAUGUUUAUUAUCAGGAUGGCGACACUUUGUCUGCUAAGUCCACUAUCUUCCACCUACACCCGACUGUGAUCUUCCACAAUCUACUGCCCUAUGAUGUAAAAGUCAUGCUUGAGGGCUCCAUAGAUAUGGGCACUGCAGACGAGAUGUUGCUACAGAAAGGUUGCAACAUCCCUCUGGACCAUGCAUGCUUGGGGAAAACCAACAUUGAGGUCAUGAUCAUCAACUAUCAGGGUAGGGAUUGGAAUGGCCGUCGACUGCUGGACUUUGACAUCCCUGAACUCUCAGUGUGGAAUUUUGACGGUUACCAAGGGAAAAAGAAAGUAACCAUGGACCUGGGUCUUCAUUUCAAGAAGACGAGUGGUUCAAUCCAGGUGUCCCUGUUCUGUCCCUACUGGAUGAUCAACAAGACUGGGGUCAUGCUGAGAUACAAGGCAGGUGAUGACGACCCCAUGGAACACCCGCCAGAGAUCAAGGACAUUGUCAUGUUCUCAUUUAAGAAAAGUUCCCUGUUCAACAAGAAAAAGGACGAAACACAGGAAAAAAAGUCUUCAACAUUGGAGAGAAAAAAGGAGGGAAAGAAUAAACCUAAAGUGAAAGAAAUGAAACAAAGUGGAAAAGCCUGCCUUUGUAUUGGAGAAGGGGAUUGGUCAGAUAAGUUCUCACUGGAUGUGGUUGGGAGUUCUGGCACAGUGCAGAGUAAAAAUAGGAACAGAUUCUGGGAGGUUGGUGUUAACAUUGUUCUCUCGAGCUCGGGCCUGUCCAAGGUGGUGACCUUCACACCCUACUACAUGCUGGUGAACACCUCGCCCUAUGACAUGAUCUGCAAGGAACUGACCACAGAUAGCACCUGGAUUCAAGUCCCUUCUAAACAGUGUGUAGCGCUGUGGCCACUACAGUCCGGCAAGGAGAUGAAGAUGCAGGCUGCCAUGAAGGACUCUGAGAUCUCCACCAACUCCUUCGUGUUCAACAUGGCUCACACCACCCUGCUCAGGCUGAACAACCAGUAUGGAGGUAUCAAUGUAGAGUGCCAGGAGACAGAGAGCGCCAUGGUUACGACCUUGACCCACUAUAAGGACGGCAUGGCAACCGUGCACAUCAUCAACCACACUGACCUAUGUGUCAUUGAGUUCUACCAGAGUUCUGUCAAGAACGUACAGAAGAUUGCUGGUGGUACUGCUGGCUUGUACACAUGGGAAGAUGCCAUUGGUAAGAGGGAACUUGUCUGGAGCUGUGGGGAAAAAAAGGAAAUGAAAAACGACCUCACUCAGGACGGUAUAGGGGAGUUCUUCUACGACCCUGACAUCAAGGUCUACUGGGUCUCAUUCCUCUCUAGCAUGCAGCGGGUGUUACUCUUCACUCACGACCUUGCCCUAGCAACUGUUGCCCAGGAGGCAGGAGAACUGGAGAGACUGGAACAGGAGAUAACUGUCAGUAUACAGGACAUAGGACUGUCUCUGGUGAACAACUUCACACAGAGAGAGGUGGCCUACCUUGGCAUUACAAGUUCGGGGAUCAUCUGGGAGGAGAAGAGGAAGCGGUUCAAAGCUCUCAACAUGAAGACCACUGCGGCCCUGGAGACGGCCUAUCAGAAGUGGGAUACUGAGAAACUGGCGGGUAAAAUACAGCCUGAGAGACUCACCAUUGACAAAAUGGAGAUCAACUUUGCGGAAAUGAUGAUGUUUAAACCAAACAAAAGACAUAUCAGGCGCAGUUUUGAGAACGGACUCUGGCUUCAGUACAAGACAUCACCACAUCAGGUGCAGUUUCAUGCAAAGAUCAACAGAGUGCAGAUGGAUAACCAGGUGGCUGGAGCUGUGUUCCCAACAAUCCUGUCCCCCAUGCCUCCACCCAAAUCAGUAGCUGCAGAUAGCGUUCCGAAGCCUUUCACAGAAGUCAGCAUGAUGUUGAGGAAACAUGAGCACAGCAACGUUUCACAGAUGAAGUAUUUUAAGGUGCUGAUUCAGGAGAUGCAGGUAAAGGUAGACCAGGGCUUCCUCAAUAAUCUACUGGAGAUGUUCUCAGCAGACCAGGACGUUACCAGUGAGCAACAGAAACAGCUGUUGGAUGAGGACAUAGAAAAGACCCGACAGGACCUGAUCACCACCAUGGGUCUGUCCCUUGCCAGUGAGAACAAAAUGUUCUACGACCAUCUACAUUUAUCUCCUAUCAAGGUUCACCUCAGUUUCUCCCUACAAGGGGGAGGUGGUGAUGGGAAGCCCACACAGAUCAGGUCCAAUGUGAUAAACGUGUUCCUGCAGAGUGUCGGUGUCGUGCUCACAGACAUACAGGACGUCGUCUUCAAACUUGGGUACUUCCAGCGUGAGCACAUGUUCUACAACAACAAGCAGCUCACUGGAGAGAUGACCGGCCACUAUGCUGGGCAGGCCGUCAAGCAGAUGUAUGUGCUGGUGCUGGGUCUGGACGUGCUGGGAAACCCCUUCGGCCUGCUGAGAGGCAUGGCAGAGGGUAUGCAGGACCUCUUCUAUGAACCCUACCAGGGUGCCAUUCAAGGACCAGAGGAAUUUGCUGAAGGCAUGAUGUUGGGAGUGAAGAGUCUGUUUGGACACGCUGUCGGAGGGGCAGCUGGGGCUGUGUCAAGGAUCACAGGGACCCUGGGCAAGGGGAUCGCAGCCCUCACAUUGGACGAUGAGUAUCAGAAGAAGCGUAGAGAGGCUCUGAAUAAGAGACCAGCCAAUGUGGGCGAGGGAUUUGCACGUGGUGGCAAGGGGCUUGUCAUGGGCGUGUUUGAUGGUGUCACAGGCAUUGUCCGGAAGCCCAUCGAGGGGGCAAAGAAGGAAGGGGUGGAGGGGUUCUUCAAGGGGGUCGGCAAGGGGCUGGUUGGCGUGGUAACAAGGCCCACUAGUGGGGUCAUUGACUUUGCCAGCAGCUCAUUUGAGGGCAUUAAAAGAAUAGCCGAUAACGUUGGGGAGAUCCACAGACUACGAGCCCCAAGGAGAUUCCAUAAAGACGGAAUUAUCCGCCCCUAUAACAGACAGGAAGCAGAAGGCUGCGCUGUGCUCAUGGAGGCAGAGAAGGGCCGUUACCUCAUUGAAGACUACGUGGCCCAUGUUGUGGUAACCAAGGACAACAAGAAUGUCUUCCUGGUCACCAACAAGCGCCUAUUGUUUGCUAGUCGUGGGGAGAUAUUCGGCUCCUGGAACUGUGAGUUCACAUACAUCUGGGCAGAGCUCAAGGAAAAACCCAAGGUCACAACCAAGGGCAUAGAGGUCACGUUGAAGGAGAAGGAGAAGCGGGGGCUGUUCGGGUCCUCCAUCUCAAAAAAGGAGAUUCAUGUAGCUGACCUUAAACUUGCUGAGUGGAUGGUAGGAAAAAUAUCUGAAGCCUGGGACGCAAACAACUAGUUACCUGGGGUCAACAAAGAAACAAUAGUCACCUGGGGUCGACAUAGAAACAAAUAGUCACCCAGGAUUGACAUAGAAACAUUGAGUGUUGAGCGUGUAAAGAAAAUAUGCACACUCUGAGAAGUGUGAAAUAGUUCCCUAGAAAUCAUAUGAAGAAACAUUGUAAGAAAAUAAUUGUAAGAAAAAAGUCAAAAUUUGAUAAGCAUAUAAUGAAAUUGUAUGACUAUUGUUGCCAUGGAAACAUGGCAUGCUGAAAACUGUUGAGGUAGAACUUUGAAUUUGAUCGAAAGUUCUUUCAAUCAUAUGAACAUGACAGACUUGUGUUUACGUUAACAUCAAAUUUUAUUAUUUAUUUAUUAUGAUAUUUGUGUUUUCUGAUUUACUUUAAUAUUUUCUAUGCUCAUGAGUAAGUGUAAAAUGUUUGUUUUUUAAGUUUAACAGUUUUUUUUAUUGAUUUUUGAACAAAAUUGAAGCAAAUUAUAAAAGAAGGUAUUUGUAAAAUAAAUAAACACAAUCUUUAAAAGUACAAAAUGACAAAAAUUAUUUAGAAAAUUAUUACAUAAAAUUGUGUAAUGUAGAUAUCAUUCUUUAGUCAAAAGAAUGUAUGGAUGUUGUCAUUAGUUUAUUUUAUAGUGUUUAGUUCAUUUUAAAACAAAAUGUUGAAUACUUCUGAAGUUUGGUUUACACGUGCUUACAAAUAUAUAUCAUUGUAAAUUAAAAUAUACUCGUAUGGAAUGAAGUUCUUUGUUCAUUUGAUUGUGUUGUUUUUUCUUGCCUACCACAUUUGCAUUUGCUCAACUAAAUACUUUAUUGUUCUGUAAAUAUUUCUUAUUUUCUAUGGCAGUAUGCCUAUAAGUGACAACAUAAUGAAAACAAAUAUUGAUACUUGAUAAUAAAAUAAAUGUAAAUAAAAAAUGUAAUCAUCAAUAUAUAAAA